UUUUCUUUUGGAGAAUGAUUUCUGAGUUGAUUUCGAAGUUGCAAACAAAAACUGGCAUAAUUUCAACAGGAAUUGUUUCAGCUCUCUUGGCAGCAGUGUAUCUCUUCCAGCUAAAUGGCUCAUACGACUAUGUGAAAGGUGAGCGAGUAUUGGAGUACGUACCCCCGCUACAAAUUGCUUGUGGAUUAUUACUGAUUGGGGGCGUUGUUAAGAACGACUAUAGACUGUAUGUGCCAUGGAUGAUAUCAAACGAGUUUUUCAUUUACGUUCUACUUCAUUCAAUGGUCAAAAUUAUAGUUUACGGCAGCAUAUUUGACUUUGCCUUGCUCUCAUCGAUUGCGAUCAUAGCUUACCUCGGUUGUGCGUUGCUUGCGGUGCAAAAGCAAUUGGAUAAAAUGUACAAAGCUCAAGAGCGCAAAUACAGGAAUGUGCCUGUAAAAGAUGUAGAGAUAGUCAAUGUAUUGUAAAAAGAUGAGUUCAUUCAUAUGUAACUUGUCUGUAUAUAUAUGUAUUUUAUUAAUUAAAUGAUUUAGUAUGUUCAUUCGGAAAUAUAUAUAUUGUCUCCCUCUCUUA